GCGCGUUCCCCAGCCGGUCUCCGUCCCAGGGCGAGGCGGCCAUGUGCUCGCUGGCGUCGGGCGCUGUCGGCGGCCGGGGCGCCGUGGACGAGGACGAGGACGAGGACCUGCCCGAGCUGUCGGACAGCGGCGACGAGGCCGCCUGGGAGGACGAGGACGAUGCCGACCUGCCCCACGACAAGCUGCAGACCCCCUGCCUGUUCUGUGAGAGGUUGUUCACAUCUGCUGAAGAAACCUUUUCACACUGUAAGUCUGAACAUCACUUCAGUAUUGACAGCAUGGUCCACAAACAUGGGCUUGAAUUUUAUGGAUACAUCAAACUGAUAAAUUUUAUUAGACUGAAGAACCCUACAGUUGAAUACAUGAAUUCCAUAUACAACCCGGUACCUUGGGAAAAAGAAGAGUAUUUGAAGCCAGUAUUAGAAGAUGACCUUCUACUUCAGUUUGAUGUAGAAGAUCUGUAUGAGCCGGUGUCAGUCCCGUUCACAUAUCCCAAUGGACUCAGUGACAAUACAUCGCUUGUUGAAAAAUUGAAACAUACAGAAGCAAGGGCGCUGUCUGCUGAAGCUGCAUUAGCUAGAGCACGAGAGGACCUGCAGAAAAUGAAACAAUUUGCUCAGGAUUUUGUGAUGAACGCAGAUGUCAGAACCUGCUCGUCGACGACUACAGUCUCAGACCUCCAGGAGGAUGAGGAUGGUGUUUAUUUCAGCUCAUACGGGCAUUAUGGGAUACAUGAAGAAAUGCUAAAGGACAAAGUACGAACAGAAAGCUAUAGAGAUUUUAUAUAUCAGAAUGCACACAUCUUCAAAGACAAGGUAGUUUUGGAUGUUGGGUGUGGAACUGGAAUUCUGUCUAUGUUUGCUGCUAAAGCUGGGGCAAAGAAGGUUCUUGGAGUCGAUCAAUCAGAGAUAUUGUACCAGGCAAUGGAUAUCAUAAGGCUAAAUAAGCUUGAAGAUACUGUUACAUUGAUCAAAGGAAAGAUUGAAGAAGUUCGUCUUCCGGUAGAAAAGGUGGAUGUUAUUAUAUCUGAGUGGAUGGGCUAUUUUCUUCUUUUUGAGUCUAUGUUGGAUUCUGUCCUUUUUGCAAAGAACAAAUACUUGGCAAAAGGAGGAUCAGUCUACCCUGAUGUUUGCACUGUCAGCCUGGUAGCAGUGAGUGAUGUCAAUAAACACGCUGAUAAAAUUGCUUUCUGGGAUGAUGUGUAUGGCUUCAACAUGUCCUGCAUGAAGAAAUCAGUCAUUCCGGAAGCUGUUGUGGAGGUUCUAGAUCCAAAGACUCUUAUCUCAGAUCCAUGUAGUGUUAAGCAUAUAGAUUGCCAUACAACUUCCAUCUCAGAAUUGGAAUUUUCUUCAGAGUUUACACUGAUAUGCACAAAGACUUCCAUUUGCACGGCAAUUGCUGGCUACUUUGAUAUCUAUUUUGAGAAGAAUUGCAACAAAAGGGUCAUGUUCUCUACUGGCCCCCAGAGUACCCAAACACACUGGAAACAAACGGUAUUUCUACUUGAGAAGCCAUUUCCAGUUAAAUCAGGUGAAUCCUUGAAAGGAAAGAUCACAGUUCACAAAAAUAAGAAAGAUCCACGUUCUCUCAUUGUGACUCUCACAUUAAAUAACUCAACUCAAACUUAUGGUCUCCAGUGAGAAAACUGGAACGACACAGCAAGCUUGCAGUUUUCGUAUGGGGAGAGCAUGGGCCAAUGGGUGGGAGCAGGCUUCGGGGGUGCAGGAACCAGGACUCCUUUCCUGUGGAGGGGACAGGAUGUGCCAGGACUUGGCUGCGUGAGGCCAGCUGCUGUUGUUCAGCCACCUUGCUUCUUGGGUCCUCAUAUGUCUGGUUCAUCUAGAUUGAAGCAGCUCUAACCCUCACAGCCCAUAAAGCUAUAUUGAACAUUUUGAUUGGCAUAUUUGGAACACAGAAAAGCUUUUGUUGUUUUUACUAGGUUUCUUACUAUAAAUUUUAAUCAGUACUUGACUAAUUAUUUGGAUACUUUAUUAAGCCAGUGGCACAAAGCAGUGUCUAUUUUGUUGCAGAUUUCCUGUCUGAGCAG